AUGUCCAAGAACCCAGAACCCUCCCCGAACCUUCUUGCCUCGGCCCCAGCAGAAGCGAACGUCAACGCAGCAACAGCAACAGCACUCAUCCCACCCACUCCCAUAGUCCAAGCUCAAGCUCAAGCGCCCGCUGCUGCCGCCGCGUCCGAGACUGAUGCCACAAACAGACCCGUGUCCUCGCCCAGAUCCCCUCACAGGGCAACCUUCCCUUCUUCCCUACACUCAAACCCCUUGGACCAGGGCACCAAACAAGCUCUCGAUCCUUACAUCAGCCGUCCCCUGAAUCUUGAAUCACACUCGUCCAUGGCAACAUCUCAGUCCUCUUCUGCGGUGAAUUCACCACCAAGCGAGCAAGCACAGAUCAUGGAUUCAGGCAGCCUUGGCACGGUUAUCAAGGAAGAAUCGUCCUCACUCAACAACAUCACCAACACCAAAACAGAGACGGGGACCCUGGAAGAGAGACAGGAACAACAACAACAACAACAACAACAACAACAAAAGUCUACGGACCCAGUAGUUACGACUACGACUACGACAGCGACGACUGUGAUACCCAACGGUCACGUUUCGACUGAUUCUCCCGCUGAGCCAGUUCCCGUCAAGAGGGGCCCGGGCAGACCCCCACGGUCCCAGAUGGCAUCAACACCCGCUCCCGCUGUCGACACCUCUUCCGAAUCGACUUCCCGUCCGCGGAGAACACCUCGGGCCGUCACCGUCUCGCCUAUUUUGGGUUCGCCAGUAAUUCUGGGACAGAACACUCACACGACACGACCGCAGGAUUCCACACCGGAGACUGCAAACCCCAGUAGAAUGACAGGACAGCGGACCUCCUCUCGACAAAUUCGAACCCCUGGAAAGUUUCUCACAGACUUCACGCCAGCACCAGUGUCCACCAAGCCCAACACAGUCAAGGCAACGCCAUCAAAUCAACGCCCAUUACUCAACCAACAGCCAGCACAGGAACCGCCCCGGAAAAGAGGACCUGGGCGACCAGUCACCAACCCAAACAAUAUCCAUCGUUCUGCGGCUGUUGCCAAAUCGGCUCCACCCUCUCCUCCACCGGUGAUUCCAUUGAAGCGUGGGCCAGGAAGACCUCCCCGUAACCCACUCUCAUUCAAAGCGACACCUCAUGUGGUCAACAUGGUCACUGCCGGGUCAAGGACAAAGUCAAAGUCUGCCUCGCCUACCAUGGUCAGAUCAUCCAAUCAUACCACCAUUAACGGCUCGCGAUCCAGCAAUGCAGCUUCUACUCCAAAAUCUCCAUCAUCCACGGCAAGUGAGCCUGUGACAGUGGUACGACGCGGCCCUGGAAGGCCUCCCAGGAGCGCUGAUAGCUCGUCUCCCUCCUCAUCAUCCCCGACGUCGUCGCACUGGAAGUAUCCGACCCAGACACAAAUUGUCAUCCCUGAAUCGUCGCCAGCCUCAUCAAGGUCUCGGAAACGCUACAACAAAAGCGAAGUAGAGGAGGAGGACACCCCUGGAUCACCUGAUGGCAUGGAGUCUGGAUUCCCUCUUCGUAAGCGACGUGUCGUUUCGCUCACCAACAUGUCCACCUCCAGUCAAAGCUCGGCACGCAACAAACCUCCACCACCACCUGAGUCUCCCAAGCCUCCAGCACCCCAAAAACCUCUGACACCCCUGGAUCGCCUGCGUCAGGCCAAAGUUGCCGAGCAGGAAGGGAAACUUCACGAAGUCAUCGAUCGUCACGAUAGUCUGGCACGCGAGCUUUAUCAUUUGGAGACGUACACGACGAUGCUGACGUACGACCCUGUCAAAAUUAAGUCGGACCACAGCGAGAAAAUGAUCAGGUUUCUUCGCAACUUUGAUCUCUGGUCCCAGGUGCCGGAUCUAGUGUCGAGCGUUCAAUUGAGCACCAACAGGAUAUCGACUAGGAGGAGCGCCAAUGAACAUCGCGAGCAACUGGUGGACAUACUUCAAAAGAACGUGGAGGGCGCUUUACCACGACGCACGGAUUUGUCCAGCUCGAUUGACCUAAUCCGUCAAGGACCAUUACGAGGAUACCCUUCACAAUUCGCCAGCUUUGACCAGUACCUCAACUCGUUUGUCUACGUGGAUGAUGAGGAGGUGACGCCGGAGGAAGCUGAUAGUCGUGCCGAGGCGCAUGCUCAGCUUCUGGAUCGAAUCGACACACUGAGGAGCGAGGGAAGACUUGGUGGCAAGCCAGGCAAGCCUUUUGUCGACCCUGAGGUUCCAAAGCUGCAGUACAAUUGGCUGAUGGAGCACAUCAUGACAUCGUCACGACUUAUCAAGGAGGAAGGAAAGCUGCAGAUUUCCCGCGCUCGCAAAGUCAGCAAGAUGAUUACUCGCCACUUUGAGCAGCUCCACGGCAAGAGCGAGCGCGAACAGCGGCUGGAGGAGAAGCGGAUGCGGAAGGUGGCCAAGCUGACGUCUAACGAAGUGAAAAAGAAAUGGCGCUACGUCGAGGGAAUCGUCAAGGCUCGCCACAAGGCAUUGUUGAAGGAGGAACAGGAAGAGGCUGGCAAGCGACACCUGAACCUCAUUCUGGAACACUCGACGCAAAUUCUGGAGGUGCAGCAGAGUACGCUGAUUGGAACACCUGUUACCCCUGGAACUGGACCCGCCUCCGAUGCCCCGGACCUGUCUGAAGUACUCAGCGACCUCCCAUCCUUGCCUUCAGCUACUGAGCCGAGCAGCCGUCGAUCUUCUGUGGCAUUAUCGGCUAUUUCGUCAGAUGCCGAGCUGGAUGCAGGAGACGCCGAGUUUACCGCUGCGGAGCUUGAUGCUGAUGAUGAAACGACGCUAGCCAACGAGGAAUCGGGAAGCGAGGAUGACGAAGCAGAAAUCAAUGGCCUGGCCGCCGAAAUGGAUAUCCCAAUUGAGGAGCUCCUGCGACAAUAUGGCUACCAGCUUUCCGGAGGCGAAGAGAGCGAUGGCGAUGACGAGCAGGAUGACGAGGAGAUGGACGACAAACCAACGAGCGGCACCGCAGCCAAGAAGGAAAAGUCGUCUGAGCCAUCUUCCAAGGACGAACCGCAGGAGGACCAGGUUUUCCUCAAAAUCGAGGAGGAUGCCGAGGAACAGACCGUCAGCUCUCUCAAGGAUGCUAUAGCUGAUGAAUCCAUGGACAUGCAGGUAGACGCUCAGACGGGAGAUGGAAGAGCACAGACCAGCAAAGAUACCCCCGACAAUGAACACAUGGCAAGUGUCGCUUCAAGUUCCGCCCAGUCCGAGGAAAGAGUCUUGUCCUCGAAGGAGAUUGCCAAGGCGUUGCCAGAAGGGAUUAAGGCCGCGAGCAAAUCCAGCCCGUUGUCCACUUCAGAAAGAGGACACCGUACCAAGCGGAGGCGUCUGUCACUCACCGAUCUUUACCGCGGGCCUCCACUUCCAUGGAACCCAUACGGCGAGGUGGACGAUGAGCGCACGAUGGAAAAGGAAGAGCUUGAGGAGGUGGACUCGGACCCUGAGGAACUGGCAGAUCUUAUCCAGGAGAAAGACCUGCCGAUUGAGAACUUGCUUGAGCGUUACUCGUACGAGGCGGAGAGUUCAGAGUACUCAGAUUCGCACUACGACUCUGAUUCCGAGUAUGAGGGCAUGAGUAUCAUGAGUGCACAGCAACGAGCCAAGCGCGCCGACCCCCGAUUCGUCGUCACCCUUCAAGAUGUCGCCACUAGCCGAAAGUUCCCGACGAGGCCUAGCAGUGAGUUCACAGACACGGAUACAGAGUACGACGACAACCGCACGAUCUCGAUCUAUGGCACGGACGACGAGCUUUCUCUUGGCGACAUGCUUCCGCUGCUGGAUCCAGUGACCCGAUCUGUGACACCCGAGAUCGAUACAUUCGAGACUGGCGCCAACGUCAAGACCAAGAUUCCUUUCCUUCUCAAACAUCAGCUCCGAGAGUAUCAGCACGUCGGAAUGGACUGGCUCGCCAAUCUCUACAGCAACGGUCUCAACGGUAUUCUGGCAGACGAGAUGGGUCUUGGCAAGACUAUGCAGACGAUCGCUCUCUUGGCCCACCUGGCGUGCGAACACGGAAUCUGGGGUCCGCAUUUGAUUGUCGUGCCGACGAGUGUGAUGCUCAACUGGGAGAUGGAGUUCAAGAAGUGGUGUCCAGGCUUCAAGAUCAUGACCUACUACGGCAGUCCUAAGGAGCGCAAGGAGAAGCGUGUCGGCUGGUCCCGCGAGCACUCCUUUCACGUCUGUAUCACCUCCUACCAGCUGGUUGUUCAGGAUCAAACCGUGUUCCGUCGUAAAGCCUGGCAGUACUUGAUUCUGGACGAGGCGCACAACAUCAAGAACUUCCGGUCCCAACGCUGGCAGACUCUCCUCAACUUCAAUUCCGCUCGGCGUCUGUUGUUGACAGGAACCCCGCUGCAGAACAACCUCAUGGAGCUCUGGUCGCUUCUAUACUUUUUGAUGCCCAACGGCGUUUCGGAGACCAUGCCGGUCGGCUUCGCCAAUCAGAAGGAGUUUCAGGAAUGGUUCUCGCACCCAGUCGACCGCAUGAUUGAGGGCAACGAGCAGCAGGACGAGGACUCCAAGGCAGCUAUUGCUCGAUUGCACACGGUUCUGCGACCUUACCUACUUCGUCGUCUGAAGGCAGAUGUCGAAACUCAGAUGCCGGCCAAGUACGAGCACAUAGUCUAUUGUCGACUGUCGAAACGCCAACGGUUUUUGUACGACGACUUUAUGAGUCGCGCCAAGACCCGGGAGACACUGGCGUCAGGCAACUUUUUGAGCAUCAUCAAUUGUCUGAUGCAGCUCCGUAAGGUCUGCAACCACCCUGAUCUCUUCGAGGUCCGCCCGAUUGUCACCUCCUUUGCCAUGCCCUCGGCGGUGACCUCCUUUGAGAUCAGCGAGUUUUUAAUCCGCCGAAAGAUGUUUGCCGAGAUCGACAAGACCCGAGACUCCGUCAACCUUGGGUUUCUGGGGCUAGUCUUUACGGACGCGGAAGAACGUUUGUCAACAAUGGAUCUGGAUAUUAUGACCGAGCUGGAUGCGACUCGCUGUUUCCAGAAGAAGGCAUCCGAGUUUGCCAGCACCCAGGCCAAGACUCUGUCGAACGGACAUCACUAUCAGGAUAUUCGGCAGUACUCCAGUAUGAGGCGACAUCUCCACUUGCAGACGAGCCGUCAACGCUGGGACCAACUGGGAUAUGUCAACAGCAACCGGUGCCACAGCAACUUGAUGUUUGGAUCGAGCCUUCUCCGCAUAUGCCAGGAACCCCCCAGAGUCAGGAAAGGUUGUGCGCAUAUCCUGGACCAGGCUUCGGACCCUCGGCAGUACCUCAAGUAUACCAAUGCGAUCGCCCAAACCGUCGUUUCGAGUGCAGACCGGUUCUAUCAAAGCCAGGAGACCAUCAAGCGCUUCGCCUUUGUGACCCCAGCUGUCUUGGUUCGGGAUCUGACAUGGAGCCCGAUUCAUGUUAACCCGUCACCGUCGCCACUUGAGGUUGCCUGCCAGCAAGCCGAAGAGUUCCUUCAUCCUGUCGACUCUUGUCUUCAAGUCCAGUUCCCUGACAAACGGCUGCUUCAGUUUGAUUGUGGCAAGCUGCAGAAGCUGGACAGUCUGUUACGUGAGCUCAAAUCGGGAGGUCACCGUGCGUUGAUCUUUACACAGAUGACCAAGGUUCUCGACAUCCUGGAGAUCUUUUUGAACAUUCACGGACAUCGCUACUUGCGCCUGGACGGUGCAACCAAGGUGGAAAACCGACAGCAUCUCACAGAUCGUUUCAACUCUGAUCCCAAGAUCCUGGCAUUCAUUCUUUCGACUCGCUCGGGUGGUGUUGGUAUUAAUUUGACCGGAGCCGACACUGUCAUCUUUUACGAUUCGGACUGGAAUCCCUCUAUGGACAGGCAGUGCCAGGACAGGUAUGCUUCAAUUGACUGCAAUUGUUUGCGAAAAAUUUCAUGA